AUGGCGCCCACAUCUCACGUCGAGUUGUUGAUCACUCAUCUCGCCGACCUGUCGUACGUGAAGUGUACCCCCGACGGCAACGGCGGCACCGUGUGUGCCAAGCACGAGCUGCCGCUGCCGGUGGAGCUGUCGAGCUGGUCUCCGUUGGUCCACCACUGCUUGUUCGCCUUGGCGAUGCUUCUGUUGGUGGUGGUCUACGGCGGCUACGUGUGCCGCAGCCACCGCCGCCGUAAAGCUGCUGCCGCGGCUGCUGCGGCUGCUGCCGAUGCCGCCGACGAAAAGACUGCCGCUGCUGCUACCGCUUAA